AUGUACGACCUAGAAUGGACCUGGCCCGCCUGGAAGUUCGGGUUACAGAUUGACGACCAAUUCAAAGAACUCCAAGAACUCUACAACACCUUUCCAUCAGCAAUUCAGAAUCCACAGGCGUUCCACCUCGACCUUUUGGAAAUCGCCACCAAGGCAACAACCAAGGAGGAGCUUUACAAAGAGCUAGCUAUUCGAAGGCAAACACGCUUUUUCGAGCUCAAUCACAGCCUCGGAUCACCGAGUUGUGAGAUCGUGGCCAACCCAGCCUUACUCGCCGUUUCGCAGUGGCAUCACGCUGUGCAGAUCUUUCGCACAGGAUCGCUAGAUUCACUGGUCAAAUAUUUUGCAUCCUACCUCACCAGCGUUGGCUGA